AUGAGCCAAGUAAAGUUGUUGACUGCGGCAUUCACUAAGAUUCCUCAUUAUGAAGAACAUAUCGCUGUUCAAAAUCUGCCUUUUUCAGUUGAUCCUAUUUUAUUGGAAUCAGAUUAUCAGCUUGUUUUACCACCAUUAGUUACUGAUAAAUGCACGGUAUCACAACAAAAGUGUGAUUCCACUAACAUAUUACAACGUUUAACCUCUCAUCGAAAACAAAAACAUAAGGACCGGUUGAGACAAUGGCAUGAAAAGCUUUCGGAAAUUAGCCAAGAUAUUGAAAACCAAGUAAAAGAAUGUUGUGAAACUACUGCUGACUUAUUAAAUACUAGCUGGGAAAGACAAAAUCAAAUAUUAAAUGCAAAUCAAUCUGAUGAACAUUUAUUGAACUUGGAAAUAUCUGAUUUAGACUGUAAAUGGAAUCAAGUUGAUCAUGAAUAUAUUCAACGUAGAAAUGAAAUUAAUCAUUUAGAAAAUCAAUUAUAUUCAAUUGAAAAUAAACGGAUUAAUCAAAUAAAACAGGAAUUUCAUGAAUUGACAGAUUAUUUAAGUAAAUAUUCACAUUUAACACCAAAUGAAUUACAAAUCGUAUUACAAAAAGAAAUAUUUACAAUUGAUAUUGAAUUAUUGGAAAAUCGUCGUGAAUUAGCUAAUCUAAUUAAAAAUCUUCAUCUUGCUGAAUUAAUGCAUCAUCGUUUUACUAAUCUUACAUGGUCUGAACAACGUAAUCGUUGGCAAAUCAUAAAUAUCAAUGAAGCUGUACAUAAUUUUCGAAUUUGUCUUAAUGAUGAGAAAUUCCGGUAUCCUAAUGAUGUCAAAAUAAAGAUAAAUGAUUUAACAACAAACAUAACUGAAUUUGAAAAGCGAAAAGAUAAUCUUAUCAAUGAAUUAUGUGAAAAUUUGGUACCAUCAAAUAAUAUGGAAGAAUUUCUAGAAAAUUGGGAUAUUAAAAUUAAACAGUUAUUUACUGAAUGGGAUGAAAUGAAUCAAAACGCUCUGAAUUCCAUAUAUAAAGCUUAUGAAGAUAAUUCACAACAGUGUAUCGAUCAAAUCCAACAGAUGAAAAACAUUUCAAAUUUUUCAAAGGAUAACGUUAGGUUUCUUAUGAUGUAUGACAGUGUGAAUCAAAUGUUACAUCGUAAAUUGAUCAACUCAAUGGAUGAAAUUGAAAAUUUAAUUAAAGAAAAUUGUAUCACCAUUUUAGGUGAAUUACAAAGUCAAUUUGAAAAUAAUUUAAAUUAUCUUGAUCAUUGUUUCUCAUGGUGUUUAUCUAUAUGGUUAAAUGAAUGUAUUCCAUUAUUAUUCAAAUUUAGUCAAAUCCUAAUUCAAUUAUGGCAAUUCUAUGCUCAUCUACCUAUUGUUCAUUUAAAAAAUGAAUUAAAUUUUAAUUUACUUAAUAUAAAACAAGUAGUAUAUGAUGAAAUUUUUAAAAAAGAUGAAUUGAUUAAUUCAUUAAUUGAUUUAUUAAGACAAAGUUCAACAGAACAAAUAAUUAAUGAAAAAUUACAAGAAGUAAUUAAUUUAUUCAAUGAAAUUAGUGUAAAUUACAAAUCACUAUAUGAUAAACAAUUACAAUUUCUAGAUACAUAUGUAAAACAAAUAACCACUGUUAUCGAUUUAUGCGAAACUGCUAUUUGCCGAUUUUUCGGUGUAACCCAUUGUACAAAACAACAAUCUUUACAUUUGGAAAAAAAAAUAAAUCGUCAAACACCAAUCAAUAACAUAGUUACACUUGGAUUUGAAAAAUAUAUUUGUAUACAACAACAACAUCUAUCACCAUCAGCACUACAACAACCACAACCACCAUCACCAUUACCACCACAGCAACAACCAUCACCACAACCACCACCAUCACCAUCACCGCCACAACAACAACAAUUCGAUGGAAAUGUUUCUAAAUUAAAUCAUAUUUUCUAUUAUAUAAAACAUCAUGAUAUUGCUAUGGAUGAUUUAAUUAAAUUUUUACAAUCAGAAAUGAAAUCUAAUUCUACAUUGAAUAUAUUUAUUGAUUAUUUAAUUAAAAAUAUUCAAUUAACCGGUAUUAUCACUGGUAAUGAAAUGAAUCAUUUGAAUGAAAUCAAUAAUAAUUUAUCAAUUAAAUUCAUUAAAAAAUCAAUAAAAUCAGAUCAUACAAAAAAUAAUGAUACUCAGUUAUUGAUUAUCAAUAAUAAUAAUAAUAAUAAUAAUAAUAAUAAUAAUAAUAAUAAUAAUGAUGAAAAUAAACCAAUUACUGUAAAUAAUUAUGUAACCGAUUAUAUUCAACCAAUUAAAAUUGAAAAAUGUUUAAAUCUAAUCAAACAUGUUAAAGCAAUCGUUCGUAUAAAAAUAUUAGAAUAUUUGGAACAAUGGAAGAAUACAACCAUAUUAGCCGUAAAAGAGGAAGUUAUAGUUAGAAAAACUGAAAUAGACGAUGAAUAUCAACUGCAACUCAAACUGCAUGAACCACGUAUUCGUCGGGUGAAAGAAGAUGUGGCAAAUGUAAGAUUAACUGAAUUAGUUUUUCAUCAAACACGUAUUGAACGACAUAUAACCUCAGUGAAUUUAAUAUUAAAUGAAAUGAAAAUUAAUUCAACUAAAAGUUUAAUUGAAACAUUAAAUAAAUCUGAAGAACAAAUGAAUGAAGCAAUUCAACAAUCAAUUGAUUCAACUAUUAGUAAAGCAACAAAAUCAUCAACAUUAUUAUUAUUACGAAAACGUAUAGAAAGCUUCGCUGAAUCUCAUACUCAAUGUGUACGUCAUGCAUUGAAAGAGUUUCGUCAAAAUUUUGAAAAUCAAAUACAAACUUUAAACAAUUCCAAUUUAAAAUUGAUUGAAUCAUUAGAACUUUUUAUUGAUGGAGGCAAUUUUUCAACUAUUGAAGCCAAAAAAUACACAAUCACAUUAAAUCAAUUAAGUAAAACAAUUCAAUUAUUUGAAGAAGAAAUUAUUGGUCAUAUAGAAUCCAUUGAAAAAGAACGUCAAUUAAUAACCGAUAAUAAAUUGAAACAAUUUGACAUUUAUUUAAAACCAUAUUUAGCUGAUGUUAUUUAUAUGGAGAAUAUGAUACGUUGUAUAACCAAUACACAAGUACAAAUCAAAGCACAAACUGAAGAUAGUUCAAGUCAAUCAAAAUUAUUAAUCGGUCAAAUUGAACAAUUUCAAUGUUUAUUAAAAUCACUUAAUGAAACAAAUCAAAUUCUAUCAAAUACAUUAUUGAAUAUAACAUUAGCUACUACUACCAAUACUACUACUACUACUACUACUACUACUACUAAUAAUAAUAAUAAUAAUAAUAAUAAUAAUAAUAAUACAUUACAACAAUUAAAUAUGGAGGAGAGAAUCAUGCAAAAAGAUUUAAGUAAUAAAGCAAUUGAAUUACUGACUAGAAUUUGUAUCAAUGCAUCAGAUCGUUGUGUAUUUUUAAAUUGUCUACGUAGUCAAUAUGUCAAUGAUGAUUAUGUUGGAACAACUGAUCCAAAUGAAUUAUCCUAUGAGAAUAUAAUUGGAAAUAAUAAAGAUAAUUUAACAGUGAAUAAAACAAAACUACAAUCGGUAUCACAAAAUCCUUCCAUAAAUAUUCAUUCCAUUAAAGCUGAACAAAUCAAACAACCAACUAAUCAAUCAUCAUCAUUAUUAUUAACUAAUAUGAAUAUACAAAAUGCAUUACAAAUUAGUCGACCAGGACGAUUAUUCACUGAUGAUUCAUGUAUUCAACUUAUACAAAAUAUAUUCAAUGAACAUAAUUCAAUUGAUGAGAAUAAUAUGGAGAAAAUGAAAAAUAUUACACCAAAUCAAUUGAUUGACAAUACGUCUAAACGUAAUGAUAAUAAAUCAUAUGAAUCGACUAAUUUGAAUAGUAAUAACAACAAUAAACAAGUAUUAUUGGAUGAUAAUCAAAAAUUAGAACCACUCCCAGUUAAUACAUCAAUAAAAAGUCAUCGAGGUAAACGUGAGAUGAAUAGUUCAACCACAAAUGGAAUUGUACCUAAAACUAAUAGACGGAAGAAAAAUAUACCACAUCCAACUGCUAAUAAGACAGUUGUAAAACAUAAUCGACCUCAAGCAUAUUAUGAUAUAUUCGGUAAAGAUGUAACAUCUUUAGAAGAUUCUGUUGAAAUUUCUAAUUCAAAUAUGAAACAAAUCAAUAUUGAACAAGUAACAUAUGUUGGUCGUAUUCAAAAAAUAUGCCGUGAAAAUCUUCAUAAUGCAUUACAUUUAUCUGAAAAUUAUUAUCGACAAAAAGGUAUUCGGCAGCCAACACAUCCAGAUUUUAUCAAGUCCACAUUUGAUGAUGCUGCUAAUACUAUUGUUACAAAUUUAAAAACACUAUUCACUGAAGCAGAAUUAUAUCGUAAUUCAUGUGUAAAAGAAUUUUCUGAACAAUUGGAUAACAUUGAACAAUUAGCAAGUCAGUUACCAUGUUUAUUAUUUGAACAAAUAGUUAAUGAAAUUAAAUUGUAUAUAUUACAAGAGAUGAAUAUCCAUCAGAAUAGAAUAGAAUUUGAUUUAAAUCAAUUAAAUGAAUUACGUUCACUUGAUUCAUGUGUGGGUUUUGAUACUGCCCGAGUGCCCAGACCGAGGGUCACUCCUGGAGCCUUCAACCUAAAGAUAAAAUAUAAUAAUCAACUUCAAUUAGAACUUUGUCAUUUAAAAAAUCAAUAUCAAUUAAUGAUUUUAUUAAAACAAGAAAAUGAACGUCAAUUAAAUUUUAUUAAAUUAUUAAAUAAAUUAAAAAGAAUUAAAUUACAAAUUAUUCAUAAAGGUAGACAAUUAUUUAAUCAACGUUUAUCUCAUUUAACGGAUUAUUUAUUUAUUCGAUUAGAUAGUUUAAUUGGAUCAGAUCAAAUUGAUCAUCCAGACAAUGAUCAUGAUCCUCCUAAACCAAAGAAAUUAAUGAUUCAUAUAUUAGAUAAAUCAUUAACUCAUUUAAAUGAUAAUCAAAUAUCUUCAAAUGCUAAAGAAGAUCUAGAUCGUGGUAAACGAACAUGGGAAGGUGUCAAAUUCUCUGAACUUAUGAUACAAACAAAUGAUCAUUUGGAAUCAAUCAACAAUUUAACAAAAUCCAAUUUAAACAAACCAUUAAAACAUGAAAAACAAUCCAUGUUAAAAAGUUCACGUAAUAUUUUAAAUAAUAAUUCUACAGAAUUACAUAAUACUAAUCAAGAUGAUAAUUAUUGUAUAGUUAGUGCUAAAACUACAAAAGCUCAUAUGUCCACAUUAAAAUAUCGUGAUAUUGCUGUUGUGGAGUUUCGUUUAUUUACUCAAAAUUUAUUAGAAUUAAUAGAAAUGGAAUUUACUCAUGCAAUGAAAGAUAAUGAUAAACAUAAACAACAAUGGAUAGAAAAUGUAAAUCUUUUUAAUAAAACUUAAUUGAAUCAUAUAAAAUAAUGAUUAUACAUUUGUUCACAUAUUCUUGUAUACCAUUAUACAUAUAUAUACUCAGUAUAUUUUC